UCACAGAGAGAGGCAGAGGAUGUCCCUGAGGGUGGGAGCUGGGGGAUCCAGUUGAGGCGCCCUCAUCCACGCCCCCUCCCAGCCCCCCAGCAGCAGGAGAAGAGCCGCCCCACGUCCCCUGAGUGCAACAAGAGCUUUGGGAAGCAGGCGAUGCUAAAUGUCCACAUGCGGAGCCAUACAGGUGAGAAGCCCUACACCUGCAGCCACUGCGGCCAGUGCUUCAGGCACCAUGGCUACCUGAAGAAGCACCAACGCAUCCAUACUGGUGAGAAGCCCUUUGCCUACAUCCAUUGUGGCAAGUGUUUGCGCCAGAAGAGCAUCCUGAUCAUACACCAGCGCCUCCACACCGGGGAGAAGCCCUUCACCUGCACUGACCGCGGCAAGAGCUUCAGCCAUAAGAAUUACCUGGUGAGUCACAGGCGUGAGCACACCGGGGAGAAGCCCUUCAUCUGCAGCCACUGCGGCAAGAGCUUCAGGGAGAAGAAGACUUUCAUCAUCCAUAAGCGCCUCCACACCAGGGAGUGUCCUUUCGUCUGCACCCAGUGUCCCAAGACCUUCAGAGACAAGAGGAUCCUCACCAACCACAAGCACAUCCACACUGGGGAGAAGCCCUACAAGUGCAGCGAGUGCAGGCAGACCUUCCGGCAGAAGUACCACCUGGACAUCCACCAGCAGUGGGUGCACCAUGGUCCAUGGGUGGUGCAGUUGGGUGGCCAGGGAGAGAGGGAAGGUCCAUCCCCAGUGCAGACACAGGCAGAGGCCAAGCCCUUCCAGUGCGGUGUCUGCGAGAAGCGGUUUUGGAAGGAGAGGCUCAUGCUGGCUCACCAGCGCACCCACGGCACCCCCAGCCUGCAGCCGCCUCCGCAGCCCGGCACCCCCUGAAUCUGCUGCUGAGGGGCCAAUGGGGCCUGGGGGCUGUUGUGGGGGGAUGUGGGGGGAUGUCCUGGUUUUGUUUGGAUCAGAGUUAAUAUUCUUCCUACUAGCUGGUAUAGUGCUGUGUUUUGGAUUGAAGAUGAGAAGAAUGUUGCUAAUACACAGAUGUUUUAGCUGUUGCUGAGCAGUCAAGGACUUUUCAGGUUCUGGUGCCCUGCCAGCUGGGAGGGGGCACAGCCGGGACAGCUGAAACAAAGUGGCCAAAGGGCUGUUCCUUACCAUAUGGUAUCAUGUCCUGUAUAGAAACUGGGGGAACUUGGCUGGGGGCACUGCAGCUCAGGGACAGACAGUGUCAGACAUCGGUCAGUGAGUGGUGAGCAAUUGUGCUGUGCAUCACUUUUUUGUAUAUUCUUACAUCAUCACCAUUGUAAUUAUUCCUUUGCUAUUCUAUCCUAUUAAACUGCCUUAACCUCAACCCACGAGUUUUACACAUGUCACCGGAUGAGCCCAAUUUAAGUUUAAUGUUAAUCAUUUAGCCUAAAAAUAAAAAGUUUUAAAUAGAAUGA